AUGGAUGGUGAGCAAUUUUUCGAUCAUUUCUAGAGGAAAACGCUACAUUUGUAGCUAAUUUCGUUUGUGGUACAACGUAGUGAUAUUUUGGUUGUUAUGUCUUAGUUUCCAUGGCAGACCAGGCUCUUGCUCGCUAUAAAUGCGACUCCAACACAGCUGUACGUUUCAAGCUCGGUAAGCAUUCAAUCGACUUUCUCGUGUGUAAAUUUAAGUGCACAAGUUAACUUAUGUUCUGUCAGUGGAGUUCUCGAGGGAGAUAUUAAUUUAACUGUCUCAGUAGCGUAUUGCAAUGAAUAUUCAUACAGCUUUGCGUGUGUGAGAAUAAAAAAACUAAAGCUCUGUUGCAGAUGUUCUAAUCGAGAAAAACAGGAAACUCGUGAAGUACAGAAACAAGUGAUUUUUCAGAAAUGAAAUUGAAAUCAACGCUUUAUUUGAGCAAUUUGUCUCUCAGUUUUAAAUUCAGGAUGAUCUUCCCUAUCUCAGGAAAGCAAACUGUUGUCACGCUCCUUAAAGUUACUAAUCUUCUGCAACCAAUUUUUUCCCAUUUUUGCAGUUCAAUGUGAGAAUGAUGUAUUUGACAAGGGCAAAGAAUUCCAUCCAACAUUUUCACACCAGUACUUCGGUGACAAGUGAGUCUUGUGAAUUCUUUUGCUUCAUCCAAAGAUAUAGUUACCAUUUUUGUCAUUAAGGUGUAGAGUGCGUUUUGAGUUAUUUUUGAAUUACCAAAUCCAAUCAGAUCAAUGGAUAUUAUCAAUAAGAGCCAAUUAGACAUCAAAGUAAAAAGGAUAAAUGAACCUUUAAAUUUUUUUCUUUGCAGUGAAACCAUAUUUGGUUACAGCAACGUGGAAGUGCAGGUAAAUCUCUAAAUCAUUGAACUGAAGCAUGAUGGUAAGUAAGCCUGCAGUUUGUAAUACUGCGCAUGGUAAUAAGUUAUACUUGGUUGAUUUUUUCGGUCAGUCAGUCAGCCAGCAAGUCUGUUCGUCCAUCAGUCAGUCAGCCAGUCAGUCCAUCAGUCCAUUAGUUAGUGACUCAGGCAGUUUUUUUUUAUCUGUCAGUUAAGUUGCUAGUCACUAAGUGAUGCUCAGUGAAUACAGUUUGUGUCAUUUUCCCUUUUUUUUUCAGUUGUACUAUCAUGCUGGAAGCCUUCUUACUUACAUAGGCAUGAAACAUGAUGGACAGGUCAAUAGCAAAGGAUUAGAGGUAAGAAGUACCCUGUUUCCAGAAUUCUACCUUUAUUUUAAGAUCACUGUGCUGGACUCUUGAAAGAAGAGUCCAAGUUUGAUCUCUAGCAGUAGUUUUUUUGCGUUGUGAUCUUGAUUAAUUAAGUUACUUACUUAGACUAUUGUUCUACCUAGGAGUAUAGCGGAUACCAGAGUGCCUACCCAUGAUAAAUUAGAAUCUUGUUCAGAGUAAUGGGGUAAUUUAAGUAUGUCAUAACUUAAAUUGAUAAAUUGAAGAGGAAAAACUGAAAAGAAGAGAGAAUGAGAGGAUUUGGGGGCUUCCUAUUUCAGGAAAUUUGAGGAGUAUUUCAAAAUUGCUGUAAUUGUGGCAUGAUGCUGCAUAGGCUAGCAAUUUUGAAAUUAUUCACAGAAAAGUAGAGUACCAUGUAAUAACUCAUUAUCUCUUUAUAUCAUAUUUAUCAUUUUAUUUGCUCUUCAGCCUGAUCCUGUUAUGAGUAUUGUUGCAGAGAGAUACCCAGCUGGUAAUGUGGAAACCUAUCAUUCAUUUUUUACCAUGAUUUCUUCACUCUAUAAACCACUAUUGCUUUGUAUUCUCCUAGGAUUUCUGACAAAUUUGGAUCAGUUUAUUGCAAAACUUCCUGGUGAAGGGAAAUUCAGACCAAUGGGGGAACUGCUGCAUUCAUACAAGCAAAAUGAUGCUGAAUAUGAGAUGUAUCAGGUGAUUUUUCCACUUAGCGAGCAAGAACAUGUUUUGUGUAGUUCAAGUAUUGUCAUAAUUCCUAUUGGUACAUAAUGAAAUGUGAAUCAAAACAGUUUUUCAAUAGGUUUAUAGGGUAAGUGUUGUUAACCCUUUACCUCCCAAGAUCUGUUUGAUAUUUCUCCUCUCUAGCUAUUAAAAAAUUUCCUCAUAAAUUAAUUGCAAGAAUUUAGUGUUAGAUCAAGAUAACAACUUCUUCCUGAUAACUUUAAAAAUUCCCAUUUAUUGUUUGCUGGAUAGUGUUUGGAUGUUAUAGGGAGAAGUUACAUGUUAAUCACUUCUGGGAGUAAAUGGAUUAAGGAAGCAGUAAGGGAGGGCAACAAUCUCCUCAUUGGUCACUGUGGUCACUAUGGCAACUGAGCCAUAGCUCAUCUCCAGGUCCCCUAAAAUGAUUAUGUACUAAAAAUGUGGGAUGGGGUGAGCAAAAAAGCUAAACAAGUUGAGCAAAAGCAUAGAGCUGUGCCUUUGCAAACCAUCCUGAAACCCCAGACAUUGCAGAGAGGAGGGUGGCACUGGUGGCUUCAAGGUUUCAAAAUGUGUUCAUUUUCAGCUAUUUUGUUGCAAGUGCCCCAAUAGUUUUGUUAAGGAUUGUAACAUACAGCCCUAAUGUGGCUCACUAAUGAGCUUUCUGCAGCCUAGCAGGUAAUUUUGGGUUUAGCAAUUGUCAAAGGGCUAACGCUCGAAACUUCAACUUUUUUACCCUUUACAGUGGCUAUUUACGUUUUCAACUCAGUUGAUAACACUAAAUUACCUGCUAUACUCUCCCACUGAUGCAGCACCACAGUUUCUUCAGAAACUUACCCCUUUAUCUCUGCAGCCUAGUUUGAGCAGGGUUAAAAAUUUUUCUUGGUUUCAGAUUUCUCAAACCAGUUUCAGUUUUAUCAUUUAUCUUAUAUUCAUUACUGCAGUCUGAAACUAUGGAAGAUAACAAUUAAUCUGGUUUGAAUUUUACAAUUAUUGUAAUUAUUACAAUAUCAUAAUUUUAUAUUUAGGCUGAUAUAACUACUCCAAGACUCAGGGAUUACCAUGAAAGACUCCAGACAUUCUUGCUAUGGUUCAUUGAUGCAUCAUCAUACAUAGGUACGAGAUUGUGGUUUCAUUAUCAUUAUUCUCAAUCAAUUAUCAGGUUGUUUCAAUUGGUCAUCUUGCCAGCAUGGCUGUUUUGACAAGUCAAGCUAAUAUCAGUAUGCCUAUCUCCAUACUGUUCCCUACACAUUUCCCAAGGUGCUGACAAUGAGAAUUUGUUUAACAAUCAAGGGUUUCUUUAGUUGUUGAUCAUUUCCUGUAUUCUCAUGACCUGAAUGUUUGAUUCAGGGGUAAUAUGGAUAGGAGAAAUUAAAUGCUGGUCACUGGUAGGGGUCAAAGGUUAAAAAUGGCUAAAUAAUUACCUUGGUAUGCUUUGCUUCAUUAGAUACUGAUGAUGAAAGAUGGCACUUUUUCAUUCUGUAAGUUUGCCACACUAUGUUCAGUUGAUUUAAAUAACAUACUUUUAAGAUAUCAUUACUGUCCAAUGAUUUUCCCUCUUUACAAGUGUUUUAACACUAUAUACCCAAACAUCAGCAUGCAUAUUCUUCAUACUAUUCCCUGUAUGUUUCCCAUGGUACUAGUCACUCUUGGGUCUUUAAGAGUUAAAACAGUUUAUUAAGCGCUGAAAAAGUGUACUUGUAUGUAUUUAAUCUAUUCAGAUUACAUGUACUUAAGGCAUCAGUCAACAAAGUAUUGAAUGAUACUUUAAGUCAACUUGUCAGCUGACUGUCAGUUACCAUGUCAUGCAACUUGGUAGAAUGUCAGUUGCCACCAUCAGUCAACACUCCAUGGACACCUAAACAGUUAUGUUGGGAUCAACAGUUGGCAGCAUAUCUGUCAAGUGUCGGUGGUGUAUCAGUGGACUGUCAGUGGUAUAUAUGUAUUGCUAACUGUUGUUUUGCUGGGAUGGGGCUCUUCUCCUAGCCCCUUCCCAAUACCCACAGGUACUUGGUUCAUAUCACCCAAUAUAUAUAGAUGGACACUUGUUUGAUGUGUUGAUUGAUAGUAUCCACCAAUACUCGAUUGACAGAUGCCUUAAGUACACCUAAUUCCAUUAUUCAACCCGUCUGAAUGUGAUAGUUCUAUGAUUCCCAUGCAAAAAGAGCAAUAACAUCUUGUCUGUAACUAAUAUGUUGUAGAUUUGAGAAAAGGAAAGAAGCUGGAGAGACACUUUAUAGUUUGGUUGGAUACAUGACAGUGUACCAGUAUUAUGCAUAUCCAGAUAAGAUUAGACCUCGCAUUAGGUUUGUACAUGUACCAUAUUUCCUCAAAUAAGCCCCUGGACAUUUAGUUAAACCUUUAACUCCCAAGAUCUGAUUGUUAAUUCUCCCUCUUGCUGCUGACCAUCAACUUUGAAAUUGAGACAAGAAUUUGGUGUCAGACCAAGAUAACAACUUCUACCUGAUAAGUUUGAGUAUUCUCAUUGCCUGUUUGCCAAAAAAUGUAAGGAUAUAAUAGGAAGAAGUUACAUGUUAAUCACUUCUGGGAGCUAAAGGGUUAAAAUUUCUUCUAAAAGAAGGGGGGGGGCACCUCUUGGAGGGAGGGCAAUUAAUUGAGGGGGUCACUUAUUAUUCUCUUGUGUUGACUCAGCUGUAGUUGAAGCUUAAGAAGUUACUAAUAAAGUGGAAAUAGAAACAGGUUUUCCCUGUUUCCCUAUUAUUAAAGUAGCAGUAGAAACAGGUUUUCCUUGUUUCCCUAUUAUUAGAGUUGCAAUAGAAACAGGUUUUCCUUGUUUCCCUAUUAUUAAAGUAGCAGUAGAAACAGGUUUUUCUUGUUUCCCUACUAUUUAAGAAAGUAAGGGAGGAAGGGGGGGGAGGGAGAGUGCUUUUUUGACAUUGUGGCCCAGGGUGAAUAUUUAUUCAGGGGAGGGUGCCUUUAGAGCAUGGGUACUUAUUCAAGAAAAUAUCAAUUCAUUAGAAUGUAUAGAAGCUUAUUACAUCAAAAUAAUGUCAAAUACCAUCAUUGAACAAUUCAUCAGUGGACACAAUUACUUAAGGUAAAACUUGAUUUAUUUUUGCAGCCAAAUGUUGAUUCUUCCUCCAUUUAAAAGACAAGGCCAUGGAGGUUAGUUCAUUGUGUAGAGUUGGUAAUAUCUGAUAUUACCAAGGAAGUUCUAGUCAUUCAGUGUUCAGUGUUCAGUAUUCAGCUUUUCUUGCCUAAUAAAAUGUUUUCAAAGUAAGCUUCAAGACACUUUGAAGUACAUUACCAUAUGACAUGAACAAACUAAAUAGGAGUGUUUUUACUCACCAUUUCACCUAAAAAUAAAGAACCAAAUUCAAAUUUUCUUGAGGAUUAUCCAAUUGCAAGUGGUUAGGUAACUGUUAGCUAUGCAUUCAAAUCCCUCAUCCUGUUACCUACAGAAUCUGUUUUUGCUGCUCUCAGUUCAACUCCUUGGCCAAGCUUUGAACUUACAAAACUCAUCUGCCCCUCAUCAGUUGCAAUUUUUAACUGCUUUUUAUGCUUUUGUGGAAUAUUGUUAGGUUCCUGUUAAGUUUGCACUUUUGCCCUGCGUCAAUGGAUAAUAAUGAUGCUGACAAUACUAUUAUGAUGAUUGCCUCCUUUGUAGCUCAGAUGCUUCAGACAGUUGACAGAUUUUACAUCAAGGACCCACAAGUCUUGGACAUUACAGGUGAGCAAUGAUAGGAUAGAAGGAGCUAGGGCAUGAAACUACAUGCCACCCCUUUCCUUUGCAAAUGUUUGUUUUGGUGGGGUCUCCUUUCUUACUAUUUAGCACAAAAUCAUCAGUCUCACCAUUGCAGUGGCAGUGUGCAGUAGUUAUGAUUUCAUCACUUGUUUUUACCUGUUUGACUAUUUUUUCUUUUACAGUUGAGGAUCCUUCCUUUGACUUCCUGAGAUUGCGAGACUAUGUAGAUGCCUUAGCUUGUAUUAAUCUGUCAGCAUUUUCACAAGAGAACCUGCGCAAUGGAUUUAGUGGUGAAAUGGUGAAAGAGGCUCGGGAAAAACUGAAAAUCAACAAGGUGAGAAGUUUUGUGAUUGAAGAGGCAAAAUAGUGGAGAUGCAUACAUUCUCUUAGCAGGGCAUUAAUUAAUUUCUAAACAACCAACCCAGCCUGAAUUGUGAGAUAAAAUUUGAGGUAAGUUAAGCAUUGGUAAUGUUUAGGUUAGCUUAUGAGAGAUUAAAGUGAAGUUCAACUUGUUAAUAGACCUUUCUCUGUCUUUAUUUCAGAUUCAGUGCAGAAGAGUUUAUGAGAUUCUCCGUCUUCGGGUCACAGAUCUUAGCAAUGCAGAGGAUUACAAGUCUUACCGGCUGGAAGUGAAAAAGAGGCUCAAUGUUCCUUUUCAGGUAUACUGUACAAUGUAUUGCUACAUACCCAGAGAAACAUAGCUGAAACACACACAAAAUCUGACUUCUUGACGCCUAAAAUGUACCAUUUAGCAAAUAGCUUUAAGAAAUUCAUUUCAGAAACUACUUUUAUCAGGAAAUUACAUUCACAAUGAGUGCAAAUUUUAUAUUUUUUGUGUGAAAAGUUGUUUUUGAGCUACAUGUAUAUCAAGGUGGUAUUUUAUCUGUCCAAUGACUCUAAAAUAAGUGUACUUUGCCAGAAUAGUAGUGAACAGUGGUUUCAUAGGGGUUAAAAUUAUAUUUUAUUUAGAAAGAAAAAGCUGAUAUGGAAAAGCUGAAGCUAAUCUUGAAGCCUGAAGAACUGAGUGCAACUGUCAACAUGCAGACACCACAAGAACGAAUGCAGCACCUUGAGCAGUUAUACCAAGAGCUGGAAUCACACUAUAAGAAAACCCUUGAAAGAAUUGCUGCUUCUUAA